UGCAGCUGAAGAGAGUUCUAUAGGUGCUGUGGGAAAGUAGAAGUGUCGGAUAUGUCUGUCAGCAGGGUAAGUGAUUGGGCAUGAUUCACUUUCUGUCUUGUGAUGUGUGUGUGUGUGUGUUUCAGAGAGAGAGAGAGAGAGAGAGAGUGUGUGUGUCGCAGUCAGUAUCAUCAGCUUGUCCUGCACUAUGUGCUGUUAAAGGCACUCAGACACAGAAAUGGCACCGUUCGACUUGAAGGGUGUCUUCCUCUCCGCGUUUGAUUACAAGACAGAAAAAUACGUCAUCGCCAAAAACAAGAAAGUUGGCAUCCUCUAUCGACUCAUACAGCUCUCAGUAAUCGGUUAUAUCAUCGGGUGGGUGUUUGUGACAAAGAAAGGCUAUCAGGAGACGGAGGAAUCGCUACAGAGUUCUGUCAUAACUAAAGUGAAAGGGGUUGUUUUCACCAACACGACUGGGCCCGGACCCUGGCUUUGGGGUCCUGAAGAUUAUGUCGUCCCUCAACAGGGUGAAGCUGUGCUCUUCAUAACCACCAAUUUUAUCACAACCCCAAACCAAAAAUUAGGAUACUGUGCUGAGAGUAUUAAAGUGCUUGAUGGUCAUUGCCAAGAGAAUGAAGACUGCCCAAAAGGAGACACUGUAAUAGCUGGGCAUGGAAUUAAGACAGGACGCUGCCUAAAGAAAAACAGGAACUCUACAGGAACAUGUGAAAUAUACGGCUGGUGCCCCAUUGAGCGAAGCAUCCGACCAGAUGUGCCUUUGUUAGGAAAAGCUGAAAACUUCACCAUAUACAUAAAGAACUUCAUAAGAUUCCCCAAGUUUAACUUCUCAAAAUCAAAUGUUUUGGAGACUGCAGAUGACAUGUAUCUGAAGAAAUGUUCAUAUGACAAGUUUGCUCAUUCUUACUGCCCCAUAUUCCGUCUCGGUGAUAUAGUCCGGAGAACUGGACAUGAUUUUCAACACAUGGCCCUGUUGGGAGGAGCAAUAGGAAUUCUAAUAGAGUGGCACUGUGACUUGGAUAAAGGCUACUCAGACUGCAACCCGAGGUACAGCUUCACUCGACUGGAUGUGAACUCAACAGUCAAUGCUAUCUCAUCAGGUUAUAACUUCAGAUAUGCACGGUAUUUUAAAAAUGCUGAUGGAGAGACCUACAGGACACUUUAUAAGGUGUAUGGGAUUCGCUUUGACAUCCUGGUUCAUGGCAAGGCUGGAAAGUUCAAUAUAAUUCCUACAAUCAUAAACAUAGGCUCAGGUCUUGCAUUAAUGGGUGCUGGGGCGUUUUUCUGCGACAUGGUACUUCUGUACAUGAUGAAGAAAAGCACCAUGUAUAGGGAGAGGAAAUUUGAAACACAUAAUAAGAAUGGAAAUAACAACAGAGACAGUAUAGACGUGUCAGGCAAGGCUGUGAAGCAGCCAUCAGAGCAGGAGCAAGUCACAGAGCCAACAUCCGAUCAACACACACCAGAAAGAAUAGAUUUACUCAAUGGACAAAAAGACAAGUCCUGUGACUGACAAAUAAUAUUGCUUAUUGCAUAUACUGUACAGUGCUUACUGAGACUUUUUAAUGGACACCAGCCUUAAGAACCUGACUGUCUAAUACAGAAUACACUGACCAUCACUGCUCCCAGGAAUGACGUACUUAAAGCUACUUUUAAGGACUUUUGCCAUCGCUAUGCAAAGUAAUUAGCUAUGCAGUAAUGUACUUGAAGAUGGAAGCAAUAAGACCUCAUGUUUAUCCAAGUGUUCCCCCCCCCCAAGUUAUUACAGAUGAUUCCAUCGUUACUGUUAUUUAUGACUCUUGCACUGACACUUUUAAAUACACUGUGAUUGAACAUCUUUGCCAAAUAGUUCACCAUAUAUGUAUGAAAAGUAACUGAAUACUUAAUAUUUUUUCCCCUGAUUCGGACACAUGCCAAUUCCCACCCACCAUCCAGCUUUUUCAGCU